AUCAGUCUUGUGCUCGCUCGGCUCCCGUGGCUGUCGUUGCCCGUAGCCGCGCUCGCGUUUCGAAAAUAUAUAUACUCAGCGAGGGAGGGAGUGCUUCUACAGUGUGCAUAUUCGUGCGCGCGAGAUAGAACGAGUUCUAUACACACACACAUAUAUAUAUAUAUACACGACGCGUGUGCCAGUGCUGUGUACUGCUGCGAAUACUUGCAGGCCGUUAUUAUCUUUCGCGAGUGUGUCUUUUCUCUCGAGAUCAUCUUCUCUCGGCGCAUAUCAUCGACGACUCUACGGUCCGUGUGUAUAACAGCGCGAGUGACGACGGUGUGCCUUCGCAGCAGGAGUCCUGGGCUCUGGUGUACCUACUAAUAUACCUGCCAAGGGGGACACACGAGGCUGCAUCGGUCUCUGCGGCGUCGAGAAGGAGAGGGAGAGAGAAAGAGAGCCCAGGUCCGCUUUUUCGGAGAACUGGGAAAUGAGCGGCGGAGGACCGAUGCAGGUUCGAUAACGAGGCCAGUGGAGGAGCCGCGUGUCCGCAGUAGAGCUGGACAGUGGAGUUGACAGAGGCUCGGCAGAGAGAUGGCGUCGAGCAACGGAACAUCAGCUGCGAGCGAACAGCAGCAGCAGCAGCAGCAGCAGCAGGUGCCGCAAUUGCCACCGGUGGCCGUUGGCCACAAGCGCAAUGGCUCGAGCUCGAGCAUGUUCGUCGGGCACAGGAGAAGCGAGUCCAGUGGCGCUGGUAUCGGAGCCGGCUUCAUGGGACACAAGAGAUCCGAGAGUGGGCAUCGGCGCACCGAGAGUAUCUCCAGUCCCUUUGGACACAAGCGAUCCGAGAGCGGACACAAGCCUACUGUUGACAGCAUUUUUGGCCACAAGAGGUCGGAAUCCGGCAGCAACUACCACGCAGGUCACCGGCGCAACGAGAGCAUGUAUGCGUUGACAGGCCUGUACGCAGAGAGCGGAGUCAAUUCGGGCGGCGAGCAAAACGAGGGCCAUGACUCUUCUGGCGAACAGCCGAGUAGCAGCGGUAGGCUCACCUGCGACACCGUCAUCCGCUGCCACAGUCGUAACCCCAGCUCCGGACUCGUCGACCACAGAGAUUUUAUCAUCAAGUGUCACAGCAGAAAUCCAAGUGCUUCCAUGGUAGUUGACAGGCCGGAAAAGGAACGAGCCCAGACGCCGCCUAUCAACCCGGACUCCAAGGACUGCGGUAUACUCACCUGCAGACCUGCCUUUAUCCAGAGGUUCGCCGGUAUUAAGGUGUUCGUGUUCCUUCUGUCGUUCCUCGUUACGCUGCAGCAGGCCCUUAGUUCGGGUUACAUAAACUCCGUCAUCACGACCAUCGAGAAGAGGUUCGAGAUACCCUCGAGUCUGUCCGGCCUCAUAGCGAGCUCCUACGAAAUAGGCAAUGUCAUCACGGUCAUCUUUGUUAGUUAUCUCGGCAGUCGCAGGCACAUUCCAGUCUGGAUCGCCAUCGGCGCCGUGAUCAUGGGACUCGGCUCGAUGAUAUUCAUGGUGCCACACUUCACGGCUGAGCCGAAUCUCACUACGAACGCCAAUAAUUCCAGUUCCGAUAACAUCUGCCGUGGAAUAUCCUUGCGAGAGCAAGAUAUGGGUUUGGGCCGACUGUCGACGGGGCUGUCGUCACCGCCGCUGGCACCACACAACAAUUUGAGAGGAGACAACUGCAUACAGGGCUCUCCGUCGACUGCUGGUCCAGUCAUGCUCUUUGUACUAGCUCAGCUUCUGCUGGGCUGCGGAGGUUCGCCUUUGUUUACGCUCGGCACUACGUACAUAGACGAUCACGUGAGGCCCGAGAGCGCUUCACUGUAUAUCGGAUGCAUGUACAGCAUGGCCGCGUUCGGUCCGGUUCUGGGAUUUCUGUUGGGCGCGUAUCUGCUGUCGUUCCACAUGGAUUCGUUCUCGAGCACGAUAAUCAGCAUCGAUCCAGGAGAUCACCGGUGGGUCGGAAUGUGGUGGGGCGGAUUUCUGCUCUGCGGAUUGCUUCUCAUAUUGGUGGCCAUCCCGUUCUUCAGUUUCCCGAAAACUCUGCAAAGAGAAAAGGAAAAGAUCAGGAUAAUCGAGAAAAGCAAGCCACCGACGAACAAAGAGAAAGAUCAGGGCAAGGAGCCCAAAAAGUCCCAGAUGUCCGACGACACGGGCUAUGGAAAGGAUGUGAAGGACAUUCCGCGGAGCAUGUGGCGACUGGUGUGCAAUCCGGUGUACGUGGUAACGUGUCUCGGUGCCUGUAUGGAGCUCGUGAUCGUCUCAGGCUUCGUGGUCUUCCUGCCUAAAUACCUGGAGACGCAGUUCAGCCUGGGCAAGAGUCAAGCCUCGAUCUUCACCGGUUCGAUAGCCAUUCCGGGCGCGUGCAUAGGAAUAUUUUUCGGCGGCUGUCUGCUCAAGCGACUCGAGCUUAGACCGAAGGGCGCCGUACAGUUCGUCCUCGUGUCCAACGUCAUAUGCCUCGUGUGCUACGGAUUGCUAUUCUUCCUCGGCUGCGACAACGUCAAGAUGGCCGGGACGACCAUUCCUUACUUCAACAGUAGCAGCAAGGGCCCCGAACCCUUUCAGGUUAACCUCACUGCCGCCUGCAACUUUGGUUGCGAGUGCCGUAUGACGGACGUCGAGCCAGUUUGCGGCAACAACGGCCUCACGUACUUUAGCCCCUGUCAUGCCGGCUGCACUGCCUUUAGCUCCAAGUCCAACUUUACCAACUGUGCUUGUAUACACGGCAACUUGACCGUCGUCCCGCCAGCAGCCCCCGAAUUCGCUGAAGUAACAGUGGUGCCUGUUGCUACGGCUGGUCCAUGCACAUCACCCUGUAAAACGAUAUUUCCAUUUUUAAUUUUACUGUUCUUCAUGACGUUCGUCGUGGCAGUUACGCAGAUGCCACUUCUUAUGAUAGUUUUAAGGUCCGUGUCGGAGGAAGAAAGAUCUUUUGCUUUGGGAAUGCAAUUCGUAAUAUUUCGACUGUUUGGCUAUAUUCCCGCGCCAAUUUUGUUUGGAAACCUCAUCGAUUCUACGUGUUUGCUGUGGAAGAGCACUUGCGGCGAAAAGGGUGGUCGCUGUCUUCUCUACGAUAUCGAACAGUUUCGAUACAGGUACGUUGGACUGUGCUGUGGUAUAAAGAUUUUGGCGUUGGCCCUGUUCCUCGUCGACUGGUGGCUAGUGAGAAGAAGAAAGCAACUUGAGGAUCAGAUGCCGUCAAUGACCGUGAACGAACUCGUUGGAUCCAUAAUUAGUCUCGAUAAACUGUUUGAAGAAAAACCUCACCAUCCACACGCGCACGAGGGUGAACACACAAAUCUGCCAAACUCCGAGGUUCCUACGCCGUCGUCGAUAAUCUCGUCUCCCACAGAGGCGACCAAGUCCACAAAUCUCGAGGAAACCGAAUCACUAGCGACGACGCGCGCCUCCCAGGAUUCCAAGAGCGUCCCAGACGUCUCCGACACCAGGCAAUCGCUCCUGGCUGAGCCCGAGCCCGACGUCAUCACUAAGCCGCCCUCGAUCGCCGCCGAUAGUCUCAACCGAAAGGUUUAAUGUUACUGACUUCUUUCAUCUGCUCCAUUAUACGUGAAACGAUUCGAGAGACUCCGACGCGCCUCUAUUUUUAUUCUCAUACACGUCCACUUGACUGUACGUAAGUGCGAGUCCACUCUAUCAAUUUAAACAAAUAAUGUACAUAUCCUCAGUUCACGUCGGUGAAUUUACUUUAAAUGCCUCACGAGCGUGCGAGCAACACGAUGAACAAACAAAAUAUAUAUCACUAGGCAAUACGGUUUUGUUUUUCACGAAAGUUGAGGGAAGAAACUACUCGGUAGUAUAAUGGUCUAUAUCCGACGCCGUAAGAUGCGCGCGGAGAAGUGAACAUUUCGCCUCGUCCGACUCGAAACUCCGGCGAGUCAAGCCUUGCGGGAGCGAAAUGAACAAUACAUAACUGUAAAUACAUAACUGAAGAUAAAGAAACUCCUGCCUUAAUGAAAGAUGUAAGACUAGACGAACUUAUAUGAUGUAAAGUUUAAUAGAUUAAGACGACGGAGCUAACGAUUUAAAUUACUCGUAGACUCAUUGCAACACUAACGUCUUGAUAAAAAAAAAAACAACUAACAAAAACUAAACUAUUUUUCUUCUCUUCUUUUCUUUGCUUUCUUUAACAGGAGACGUAGAUUUCUAAAAAAAAAUGAAAAAAAAAUUAGUCAAUAUAGCGUAGUCGAGAUAAUAAUAACAAUUACUAGAAUUUACAUGUAUACCGAUAAAUAAUGUAACUGGGCAGAACAACUUGUAAAAUAAUUUUCAUUAUACACUUCCUUUCUUUGUAACAAAGCCAGUUGAUUGCUGAAUUUUUUGAAGUUCAUCCAUAAGAAGCCAUGCAAAGCUCCUAUUGAUUAUCAAUGAAGUUAUUCUUCGUUUAGAAGUAAGAUAAAUAAUUUACGAGCUUCUGUACAGGACUGAGGGACUUGUAGAGUGUGUCAGAGUUUAAGAAAGAUCCAAGGUACAGCAGUACUUCGAAGCACGAAAUAUGAUCCCACUACGAACUGAAAGUCAAUGAUGUAACAUAUUCAAAAGCUUAACGAGCUUUGAUGCUGUCGUUGAAACGCGAGAUCUAAUCUACUAGUUUUCUACCUAAACAUCACUUUGAUUGAGUUUUAAUAACAAAUAUUACAUUACGAUACUUGUGACUUAAAUGGUUCUUUUUUACACGGCGCAGUAAGCACCCGAGCAUAGCGAGGGCGCUAAGCGCCGUGUAAAACUGAACCAUUUAAAUCAAGAGUAUCGUAUAAAAUUUUAUAGCACAGACUACUAAAAUCCGCAAGUCUCGCCUAUUCGUGACUAAAGUAAUCCUUAUUUGCACCGUGAGGUUGAAGUAGUCCUUAUUCGCACCGUGAUACACACGGUGCAAAAAAGGACUACUUUAGUCACAGAUAGGCGUGACUUAACAGCGGAUUUUAGCCACACUGUGUUAUAAACUAUAUUAACUUGCUCAGGUAUACAAAAAAAGUACUGGUGAUAAAAAUAAGGUGAAAAUUUUAUUGUUCUCUAACUCUAGAAGCCUAAUUGUUGUCAAGGUCUUUGCUUCUAGAUCGAAGAGCACGUUAAAUUUGUACUUGAAAUAUACUCGAAAUUGGAUAUUGUUAAAAUUAUCGCCGUUUGUUUUUCACACUCGAUUGUUCAAAUAUCACAGUUAUGAAUUAUACGACUUUCGGCAAUAUUGUAUUUUUGUGACAUGCACUGCUGAAACCUUUCAUAGUCCUUCGAUACGAAUCCGUUGAACAAGUAGACUGUACACGUACACGGCACUAUAGCCCUUGUGGACUUUCCCUCUUCGAGUAUCGAACCUUAGCCGCUUGGCCUUUUUACUGUCAAUUUCUCAGCUAGCACUCGUUAGCGCAAUAUAAGCGAUUAUUUUUAGGAUAAUUUUUCAGUCCGCUUUAGGGCUAGAGACUUGGCCUUCUUUGAAUUCAAUCGUCGAUGGAUAAAAUUACAAACGGGCGCUGUUAAAUGUUUCAACGAAAGAUUUGUUUUAAUCGUAGUUUAACGAUAUUUGUGCAAUUUCUCUCUGUUAGUCGUGAUUUCUGCUAAUCUUCGCUGUUUGUUAUCAAAUAUUUGAAAAGUGUAAAUAUUUUAAUAUUUUAUUUUGUUAAUAAUUGUAUGUGAUAAGGUCAAUAUCAGAAGAUAAAUUUGCAGAAGAAUGCAAUCGUUUGAAUUUGUUUUUUUUUUAAACUCGAUUAAAGCAUAGAAAAAGUCUAUGAAAAAGACGAUAGAAUUUAAAGCAGGGUAUAGAAUAUGAACAAGAAAAAAUAUAUAUAAAAAAGUGUGCUGUGAAUAGGUGGAAAUUACACGACGACUAAUCAAAUUGAAUUAAAACACGAUGUUUUAAUGCGUCGUUUAAACGAUUGUCGACGGUCAAUAUACAUAAAAUAGUUGAUUGAUAAAAUACUAAAUCUAUUAUAUAUCCAGAGCUAUGCUGCGUAUGUACAUAAAUAGUUGUAUAAAGUAUAAACUGAAUUUAUAUGCAUAUACUGUAAAAAAGAGAUGCGAAAUAAUGAGAUUGUUGUUGGGAAUCGAUGUUUUUCCGAUUUUUACUGUAUCAUGUGUCUGAGACUGUCUCGGACUCGAUGGAUAAUGUCUAGUGGUCCUCGUAGUAGAAGAAAUUUGUGAAUCUCGGCUUACGAGUAGUUCACCCAACGUAUCGACUAUGUUACUUAAAUACUCGUUUAUUCAAAAGCCUUGUUUUAUUCUCAUUUUUCUUAAAAUUACUUUAUCUUACUAGCGCUACGGUUUAUUGUACGUCCUAUCGAUGUAUGCGUAUUUUUUAUCAUUAUUAUUAUGAAUAUUAAUACAUAAUUAUUAUCACUAUUAUUACUAUGAUUAUCAUCAUUACUAUUAUUUUACUAUUUCAGUUGUGCACAAUAUUGAAUUAUGCAUUACUCCGAUAGAUAAUUUAGGGUAGUAAAAGUGCAGUGUGAUGUUAUACUGAUGUUUUUUGAAUACAGUUAUUGUGUGUAACAUUCCCUGGCUGAUAUGCAAGUGAAAGCAAAGCGAUGAGAUUGUUUGUAAAAAGAAAUUACGUUUGCGAUCAAUGCGAGCAAGCAAAGCAAGAUUAUAAAAGGAUGAAAAUGUUAUGUACAUAUAUACACAAUGUAUAAACUGCUUAUAGAUGUAAUGUAUUUUUUGUAGGGACCAUAAUGUUUAAGCAAAGCACGAGAUGCAAUGAUGUUACGUAUGAGAAACUCUUAUUGGUAAUUGGAUUUGUGGCUUACACAAUGUUAUCUUUGAUGAUUAUGCGAAGGCAAUAUCUGCGAGUUGAGCGUAUAAUAUACUCCGAAGUUCCUGAAAUUUGCCAGCGUAAUAAGGAGUUAUGAGAGCAUUACAUGCUGUUUUUACGACACAAAGAAAUUUUAUGAUUUCAGGAACUAUUUUUUGGCUAUUUAUUUUCUCUUUUUUUAUCUAAAGGAAAAACAUAAUAGAUUGGCACAGCUCGAAUCAAGUUAAAUCGGCGAACUUUUUAACGUUUUACCUUGAAGUUUAAUAAUUCGGCUUAUAUAUUCGUACUCUUUGAAAGAGAUGUUAUCUCAGUUUUCUUAGAUUAUUCCAAAUCAAAUAACGCUACGAUAAAUACUAAAAAUAAAGAUUCUAACAAUCAUAUUGUAAAUCAAGCUUUGUUUAACUAACGAAAUGAUUAUCUCAAAAUAAAAAAAUCGCACCAGAAUUUCUUGGGCAUAGUAUACGAAAACAAAAAUUCCAGUCGACUCUCCGCUACACUUCGAAGUGAGCAAUUUUGUAAAGAGUGCACGCGGAAUUUUCGUAUAAAAACUAUUUCGUAUCAAGAUAAUGCCUCUAUACUACCGCAUACACAUACAAGAACGAGAGAGAGAGAGAGAGAGAGUUAGGUUCUAGAGAACGGAAAGCGCGAGAGGAGCUAGUUAAAGUUUGCGAUGCGUUUGAUUAUAAUAUUAUACAAAAAGAAUAUAAUGUGAAUGCCUUGAGAGACGCAAUGAUUACGCGAAGCACGGCUGAGAAACGGAGAGCGAGUAUUAAAGCGUUGGCUGUAUCGAGAAGAGAGUUGUGCGUGAAAUAAAGUGUAAGAGAUGUUGAAACUAUAAAAAA